AUGACCUCUCAUAAUCUACACGUCUCUUACACCGCUCCAGACACCACCAAGUCUUUCCAGCAUUCCAUCCCCGCCAGCGCCACGAAUGACCCUUUGGUCGCCAAACAAGCCCACUUGACGGCUCUGCAAACUCUGGUUCCCAAGCUCCAGGAUGAAAUCAAUGUCUUUUUGACCGCACGCAUGGAAGAGGACAGCAAAUCCCAGGGCCAAAUCUCCGAAAAAGAAGCGAAAGAAGAAGAGAACUACGGGGAGGAAGUGGUGGAGGAUGAGUGA